AAGGAAUUAGCUGAUGACACUUUAAAAAUACUUGCACCAUUGUCAUUGUGCUCUUCAUCCUCUUGUAGUCAGUUAUCACAAUCUGACAUCUCUAACUCUCAAUAUAAAGUGCAAUCACAAACACCUCGAUCACAACUUAAUAAUUCAUCAAAAUCCUCAAUUGCUAAUCUACUACAAUCUCAAUCAAAAAAUCUACCAUCUUCUAAUAGUGAACGAAAUAACAGAUUUAAGGCAAUGCAAUACACUAUGAAUAGUCUUGAACUAGCUUGUGAAACCAAAAAUGCAAUGCUUCAUAUUGAAGAGCACAAUGACAAUGGUGCAA